UCAGGACCCCAUGUCAUCAAGGGCUCUGGGGGGCUUGAGUCCUGGCCAAGCCUAAAUGCUCAAGUACAUGAACCUAUGUCCUCCCAUGUCCUCUCUGCCUAGCUGGGAUUGGGGUUGGGGAAUGGAUUGCCUGUGUAGAGGAUGGUGACUCUUUGCCCUCCAAGAUUUGCACAAGGUCCGUUUUGGGGGUGAUAUGGGGGUAAGGAAGCCCUGUGCAUACCUCUGGCCUGCCUCCAGCCUUGACCCCAGCCUUCUUGGUGACUUCACCUGUAUGGAAGUGUCUAGCAUGAGCUUUGAGCGCGCCCAAGAGCUGGCCAUGGCCAUAAAGCAGAAGAAUGUCACACUCCGAGUGGAUCAGCUACAUUGUCUGGCACUUCACUUCUCCAAGCACCUCAUCCCCAAGAACCUGGACGCCUUUCCAGAGGAUAUGUUGCUCUUCUUCAAGUAGGGACACCCUCCAGGCUUGGGUGCCUCAAUCCCCCAUGAAGCACAGGGACUCAGGGCCUCAGUUGGGUCAGCCCUCAGGUAGGUGUGUUCAGUAGUCUGCAGGGCUGGUUCCAGCACCCACC